AGUCUGGUUUCCGCCGCUGUGUUAAGAUGGCGUCCUCCAUCAGCGCGCUCCGGCGGGUGAGCGCGGUGUGUCUGUGGGCUGCUGCGGGCCGGGGUCGCCCUCAGGCCGGGCAGGGCGCUGCGGGGCGGCGGUGCUCCUCGGGCGGAGUGCGGAGCAGCCUGUGGGAGCAUGUGCGGGAGGGCUACAGCGAUAAACCCGAGCUGGACAUGCGGCCGGUCCGCGAGCAGCCCGAGCAGCUGAUCUCCGAGCUCCGGAACCGGCGGGGGGAGUUCGGUCCUGCAGACCUGCAGAAGAUCGUGAAUGUGUGGGAGCGGCUGCAGGAGGUGAGGGAGGAGGUGGAGGAGUUGGAGCAGAAGAAGAAGCGGGUCAGCGCUGUGGUUCGAGCUCUGGUGGAGCAGCAUGGCCAAAAAGUCCCACCUGAUCUGGUGGAGUAUAAGGCAGCGAGAGAGGAGGGGCGGGGGAUCCGAGUCCGGCUCAGUGAGUUAUAUCCUCAGCAGGUCCAGCUGGAGGAGCAGUACUACCUCCAGGCCCUGAGGCUCCCCAACAGAACCCACCCGGACACGCCCAUUGGAGAUGAAAGCCAGGCGAGGGUGGUUGAGAUGGUUGGACAGAAGGCAGAGUUCGAUUUCAAACCCAAGGGUCACCUGGAGCUCGGAGAGCAACUCGACAUCAUCAGACAGAGGCGUCUUUCACAUGUAUCGGGUCACAGGUCGUACUACCUGAGGGGAGCCGGGGCCCGACUCCAGACCGCCCUGCAGAACUUCGCUCUGGACCUUCUACAGAAACGGGGUUUCAUCCCCAUGGUGGUUCCAGACAUGCUGAAAGGAGUCGUGUUUGAGGGCUGUGGGAUGCAGCCUCACGCACACCACUCUCAGGUUUACUCUCUGGACCCGGCCCACUUCCCAGACCUGAACCUGGCGGGCACUGGGGAGGUUGGUAUAGCAGGUUAUUUUAUGGAUCAUGCUGUGAAUAUAAAGGACAUGCCAGUUAGGACGGUGUGCAGCAGCACCUGUUACAGAGCUGAAACAGACACCGGCCGAGAGACCUGGGGACUCUACAGGGUUCAUCACUUUAACAAGGUGGAGAUGUUCGGGGUGGUGGAGAACGAGACUGGGGAGGAGAGUUCUCAGCUGCUGGAUGAAUUUGUUUCGUUACAGAAGGAGAUCUUCUCUUCUCUGCAGCUCCACUACAGGGUUUUGGACAUGCCCACGGAGGAGCUGGGUCCUCCAGCCUACAGGAAGUACGAUAUUGAGGCGUGGAUGCCGGGUCGGAGCAGCUUUGGAGAGAUCUCCAGCGCCUCUAACUGCACUGACUUUCAGAGCCGAAGACUGAACAUCCUGUACGAGGGAAACGACGGCAGCCUGAAAUACGCUCACACGGUGAACGCUACAGCAUGUGCUAUUCCUCGCACCAUCAUCGCCAUUCUGGAGACUCAUCAGACUAAGGAGGGAGUGGUGAGGGUUCCAGAGGUUCUGCAGCCGUAUCUCGGGACGGACCUGAUCGAGAAGCCCAAAUACACUCCACUGAAAUACAUCGGACCAAAUCAGCCUCACCGCCAGCCUCGACCCGGGACUCAGAGCUCUCAGCAAUGCUAACACAGCAGCCCAGUUCUGAGGCCAGUUCUGAUCCUGGUGGUCUGGAGGCCAGUUCUUAUGGACUGGAAGCUACAACACAGACUCAGCAGAACCAGAACCAGGCACAGGGCUAUGCCCUGUCAUACUGCAGAUGCAUUGUUUCUUUUGGAAACUUUUAAAGCUAUUUAUUGCAGAUCUGAUAUAAACAUGGUGAUGGUCUACUGUCCAAUUUAUUUUUUAUUUUUGUUGCACUGUAUGAUGGUAAAAACAGUUACUGGACUUUACCUGACCUUUUCACCUUUUGUUAUAAAGAGGUUGCCAAAAUGAAAUGUGUGUGUGUGUAUAUAUAAUGUUGGUCAUGCAUUAAAUCCUGCAGCAAAAGGUUCUGCAAAAUUCCGGAGA